AUGGGUAGCAAGAAACUAAGACGAGUGGGUUUAUCACAAGAGCUGUGUGACCGUCUGAACAGACAUCAGAUCGUUACCUGUCAGGACUUUCUAUGUCUUUCCCCACUGGAGCUUAUGAAGAUGACUGGCCUUAGUUAUCAAGGUGUCCAUGAACUUCUGUGUGUGGUUAGCAGGGCCUGUGCACCACAGAUGCAAACGGCUUAUGAGAUAAAGACACAGAGGUGUGCUGCUCACUCAUCAGCAUUUUUGUCUACAACCCUGUCUGCUUUGGAUGAAGCCCUGCAUGGUGGUGUAGCUUGUGGAUCCCUCACAGAGAUUACAGGUCCCCCAGGUUGUGGAAAAACUCAGUUUUGUAUAAUGAUGAGCAUUGUGGCUACAUUACCUACCAACAUGGGAGGAUUAGAAGGAGCUGUUGUGUACAUUGACACAGAAUCAGCAUUUAGUGCUGAAAGACUAGUUGAGAUAGCAGAAUCUCGUUUUCCCAGAUAUUUUGACACUGAAGAAAAACUACUUUUGACAAGCAGUAAAGUUCAUCUUUAUCGGGAACUCAGCUGUGAUGAAGUUCUACAAAGGAUUGAAUCCUUGGAAGAAGAAAUUAUUUCAAAAGGAGUUAAACUUGUGAUUAUUGACUCUGUUGCGUCUGUGGUAAGAAAGGAGUUUGAUACACAGCUUCAGGGCAACCUGAGAGAAAGGAACAAGUUCUUGGCAAGAGAAGCAGCCUCUUUGAAGUAUUUGGCUGAGGAAUUUUCAAUCCCAGGUCUGCUUUUGGCAGAAGAGAUUGCGAUUCAUGGCUUCACCUCUUUGGAGCUCCUGUGCAAGUCCUUGGCGUUCAUUCUGGCUGGACUAGCCCCGUCAUAUGCCCACAGGGGCAGCAGGGUUUGUGGUUCCUGCCGGACCCUAGUGGCACAUUCCGCUCCUUCUGAUGGGGAUGCAGCUUCCUCCCCAAAACACAGGGUCUGA